AUGAAGUUCCUCGGGAAGCCCAGGAGCCAGACAGCAGCUUUUCUGCCUCUCUGCCUGCUCUUUUUGAAGAGCCUGUGCCCAGGACACAGUCACCUUUAUGGCAACCGCUAUGCUGGUGAUAAGGUGAUAAGAUUUAUUCCCAAUACAGAAGAGGAAGCAUUUGUACUGAAGAAAAUAUGCCACCAGCUGAAGGUGGACCUGUGGCAGCCUGGAGGUGUCUCCCAGAUAUCACAGGGAACAGUCACAGAUGUCCACGUUCCCCACAAUGGCUCCCGAACCCUGUUAACCUUCCUGGAGGAAGCCAACAUCCAGUACAAGAUCCUCAUAGAAGAUCUUCAGAAAGUACUGGAAAAGGGAAGCAGUUUGCCAGCCUGGAGAAGUCGAAGAUCCCUCUCUGGAUAUAAUUAUGAAGUUUAUCACUCCUUAGAAGAAAUUCAAAAUUGGAUGCAUCAUUUGAAUAAAACACAUUCAGGUCUCAUUCACAUGUUCUCUAUUGGAAAAUCAUAUGAGGGAAGAUCUCUUUACGUUUUAAAGCUGGGCAGAAGAUCACGAUCUUACAAAAGAGCUGUCUGGAUGGACUGUGGCAUUCAUGCAAGAGAGUGGAUUGGUCCUGCCUUCUGUCAGUGGUUUGUAAAAGAAGCUCUUCUAACAUAUAGGAGUGACCCAACCAUGAGAAAAAUGUUGAAUCAUCUGUAUUUCUAUAUCAUGCCUGUGUUUAACGUUGAUGGAUACCAUUUUAGCUGGACCAAUGAUCGAUUUUGGAGAAAAACAAGGUCAAGGAACUCAAGGUUUCGCUGCCGUGGAGUGGAUGCCAAUCGAAACUGGAGAGUGAAAUGGUGCGAUGAAGGAGCUUCCAUGCACCCUUGUGAUGAUACAUACUGCGGACCUUUCCCAGAAUCUGAGCCGGAAGUGAAAGCUGUAGCUAACUUCCUCCGGAAACAUAGGAAGCACAUCACGGCUUACCUAUCUUUUCACGCAUAUGCUCAGAUGUUGCUGUAUCCAUAUUCUUACAAGUAUGCAACAAUCCCUAAUUUUAGCUGUGUGGAAUCUGCAGCUUAUAAGGCCGUGAAUGCACUCCGGUCGGUUCACGGGGUACAGUACCGAUACGGGCCUGCCUCCAGCACAUUGUAUGUGAGUUCUGGUAGCUCAAUGGAUUGGGCCUACAAAAAUGGAAUACCCUACACAUUUGCUUUUGAACUACGUGACACUGGGCAUUUUGGCUUUUUACUCCCAGAGACACUCAUCAAACCCACCUGUACGGAGACCAUGCUGGCUGUGAAGAAUAUCACAAUGCACCUACUAAAGAAGUGCCCCUGAGACACCCCAAGGGGCAGGUCAACCACCAGAAAGAGCCAAUUCUGUGCAAGAUUCAUUUGGAAGUGGAUGUAUAUUGUUAUAGAGAAGGGCAACUGCUGAGAGGGAACCUAACUGUGGACUUUAAAAUCCUUCUCAUGCAAUCCCAUUCUCUGUGGCAAUAAAAAAAAAGGUUAAAAAUAAACAUAUAUAGCUUACUUUGUUGAAAGAGAAGACAUCCAUUUUCUAUCCAUUUAGAGUCUUAUUUGUU